AUGAAGGCGCAAAUCUUUGUGCCUUCAGAUCUAAAGUGCCAAGGAAUUUGCACGAUUGAAUACAAUCCUCAAUGUGGUACAGACGGCAAGACGUAUGGUAAUCCGUGUACCUUUAAAUAUGCUCAAUGUGCAAGUGACGGAAGGAUUACUUUGGCCCAUCAUGGAGAAUGUGUACCAAAGUGUUCAGCGACUUGCACAAAGGAAUGCAAUCCACAAUGUGGUACAGACGGCAAGACAUACGCUAACCCGUGUGUCUUCAAAUAUGAACAAUGUAAAAGUGACAGGAAAAUUAGAUUGGCCUACCAUGCAGAGUGUAAAGUGUAA